AUGGGCCAGAAUGAAUGGAGCGCCUACGCGUUGCAGCUUGUGGAGGAUCGUCUUAAAAAGGUUGUAGCUCUUCCUGUGGGAAGUGCAGCCGCAGAGUCCCCGAAGGAGGUCAUCAAUGGUAUCGUGGUUUUCUCAUGGCUGUCCCUUGAGAUACUGUACUCGGUGUGCGUCUACUUGUUGCUGUGUUUCGCCGUCUGGUUCACCAACGACAAUCGAAUGCAGGCUAUCAGGAAAGCUAACGGCCGUUUCGAGGAUUCCGUUGACGCUUAUAUGUUAUUUGUAUAUCUUGUGCCCCUCGCCUAUUUACCAUUCACUCACUGGAGGAAAGCUAACAGGAUGGCCAAUUACAUGAACAACUGGAUUCACUUCCAGAAUCUUUAUCUUCAGGGUACUGGAGGAAGCUUGGUUAUCCCACUGAAGUUCCAUUGUCUCGUGAUAGUCUUCUUUGCCGUGGCUCUGUCUCCAGUCAGCAUUCUGGUUAGCUACUUCUUCACAACAUCGUCAAACAACACUGUGCCUGAAGUAUUCCUCUACUCGUAUCUCGCUACUUUCAGUAACCUCACUGGUCUCUUCUGGUAUUUCAUAUGCGUUGCUUUGAGAUCCACUGCCAUCAGACUCGAGAAAAGCCUAUUUAAGACUCUGGACAAGAGUUCCACGAAAGCCGCAGUGCUGGAAACUUAUAGAACGCUAUGGCUCGAACUCAGUCACCUAGCCACUGACGCUGGAGUCGCCUUCUGUUAUACGUACGGUUUUUAUCUGCUACAUCUCUUCUUUAUGCUAACUCUCUCAACGUACGCCACUCUGUCAGAUAUCAUCGUUGGGACCUUCGGGAACAAUAUACUGGUGGCGACCUGUGUCUUCAUUUCAGGAUUCAUGAUCUUCACCAUGUGUGAGGGAGCCAAUGAAGUGGUGCUUAAAACACAAGUGGAGUUCCAGCAGAAGUUGCUGAGAUAUCAAAUUGGCACAGAUCACAAUGAUGUUCAUCGCGAGGUAAAUGCCUUUCUGCAGACGAUUACUGCGCAGCCGCCAAUCAUAUCACUUGGAGGAUACGUUAGGAUCGACCGACAACUACUCAUAGGGUUAGGUUCGACGCUGGUGACGUACCUCAUUGUGCUUCUGCAGUUGAAGUUCACGGUGGGCACCACCUGACCUGAAGUACCAAAGCACGGCUGUGUGACAUCACAACGGCAGAACUCGCGACAGUGGUCGCAAAAUAAAUCUGAGCUUGAGCUACAUUAAAUGAGGGUAAGAUAGAAAGGGCAAGGGGGAUCAAAACGAAAGAGUCUACCUGAGCAUGAAAAUGUAGCUGGAAGCAUUUUUCCUCUUUGAAUGUCGACAGAGCAUACAAUGAAUCUUGCACUGCACUGUAAUUUGUGAACCAAAGGAACUAUAAAAUAACUAGUAAUACAGACACAGGCCUUUAUCCGCACGCUCUAUUUCCAUAGUCUAAACGUAAUAAUUUCACAUCCGAUGGUACAAGGAGGGAUUGAGUUAUAUCUGGUAUGUGUCAUCGCUUCGCGGUAACGGUCAACGAAGCUCAGAGGUAUUUUUAAGCCAACUACAUGUGCAGUGUUCCACUAGGUCGUCGAAACUCACUACUUUUCCCCCAUACAAAACUUCUACGCGUUUCUGUGACACUCGAUAUAUGAUUCCAUUUGUGAGGUUUGUGCCAUUUUGUCGUAGGAUGGUGACGACUAAUGAACUAUCAACGAUUAUGGAAGAUAUGACUCUUAUCUACUUUAAACUACCGGUUUAAACCUGGUGGUCACUAACUACUACUGAGGAAAUCCUCGAGAAAGAUAAGUCGAGAUUAAGUGAAAUUUCAGGUUUCACGGCGGUGAACAUGAAGUUAGUUUUCUGCGAUGUUGCGAUUUGUAUUCUCGUAAAAACUGACCGACGAUUCAGAAGUGUUAACUGCUCAUCACCCUGAUAAUGGAAGUAGUAGGCACCUCUGAAACAUCGGCCAAUUUAAUAGCAAUCUUCAUUGGUCGAGAUAGUCAGUGCAACUAAAAAGAGAACCGCUAUUCCAGCUGACAGACCCUCAUUUAGUCAAAAUAGUCGCCGACUUUUAUGGAACCCAUAUCUUUAAUACCGUGUGAUUUCUUGUGCUAACGGCGGCGAAGAUUUCAAUUGUGAUCUUGAGUGUUGAAUCGCGUCUAUCUUGAAACCUGAAACUGAGGCGAUACGUUUCUCCCAAACGUUGGUCACCACCUGCACAUCGUCACAACCCAACAGCUCACUAGAACACAUUAGUCGCUAAUUAAUUAUAAAUGGACCCUAUACUGGACCAAAUGAUUCAUAAAAACAACUGCGUUCACUUA